UUUGUCCAAUAGAAUUUAUUCAUUUCAUUCGCUCUCGACUCAUUUUGGGUUUCUCUUAUUGUCUCUCUCUCACUCUUCAACAUUCUUGGUGCAUAUCCAUUUUUGGAGAAUAUUUGUUCCAUACCAUGCAGUCUGGUUGGAGUGUAGAGUUGAACGUAGAUAACCAAGGUGUUGCUCUGAUUUCCUUUUCCAACCCGCCUGUCAACGCCCUUUCCAAUCCUCUUUCUCAGUCUCUCUUUGAAAAAUUGAAACAAGCAUAUGAGAGGCCUGAUGUGAAAGCAAUCGUUCUGUUUGGAAAGAAUGGUGUUUUCUCUGGUGGAGCCGACAUUACAGAGUUUGCUGCUUUAUAUGACCCUAAAGCAAGUCCUAAAGAUGUGGAAGUAAAGGCUCAUAUAUUUCAAAUGUUGGAAGAAGGUUCGAAACCAACAGUCGCAGCCAUCAAUGGGGUGGCUUUUGGUGGUGGUUUGGAAAUGAUUCUCUGCUGUCAAGAACGUGUGGGUACAAAACGUGCUAGUUUUACAUUACCAGAGCUACGAAUUGGUCUUAUUCCAGGGUUGGGUGGUACCCAAAGAUUGCCAAGAGUUAUUGGACUGGAAGCAGCCUUACCUGUUAUGCUUCAGACAAAGGUUUUAAAGGGUCAAGAAGCCAAUAAGCUUGGUUUAUUGGCCGCGCUAGUUGAUGGAGAAGAAGAGUUGCUGGCCACUGCUAAGAAAGUUGCUUUGGAAAUAGCUCAAGGACUGAGAGAAAGGAAGAAUCAUCUGAAAAGAACAGACAAACUAGGCUCACCUGAACAAUGGAAUAAGAUAGAGCAGUUUGCAAGGUCGGAAUUGAGCAAGAGUAAAAUGAUAAAAGGACAACCACAAUAUCAAGAAUGUUUGGAAACUAUCAUGUACGGUGUUCGAAAUGGAGGUGAAGCAGGUUUACAAUAUGAGAGGCGAAAGUUUCGUGAACUGGUAUCUUCGCCUACAGCCAAGUCACUCAUUCAUGUAUUUUUCGCUACUCGAGCAACAAGCAAGUUGGAUGCUAUUCCUGGAGUUUCUACGGAAUACAAAGGCAAACUUCCGAAGAAAUGUGCAGUUGUUGGAGGUGGCUUAAUGGGAAGUGGAAUAGCCACAUCGAUUCUUGCAUGUGGAAUUCCGGUUGUAGUAAAAGAAGUGGAUGAACAAUUUGCAAAGGCAGCUCGCACGCGUAUCGAGGCUAACUUGGAAUCUUUUCGUAAACGCUCCAAGUUAUCUCAAGAAGCAUUGAAUAACGCAAAGCGGAUUCUUACAGUUACCACUGAAUUUGACGAUAAGUUCCGUGAUGUUGAUUUGGUUAUUGAGGCUGCUAUCGAAGAUGUGAGACUAAAGCAGGAAAUAUUUGCCACUCUUGGAAAGUUAGUAAAGCCCGACUGUAUACUUGCAACCAAUACAUCUUCUAUCGAUAUUGAUUUGAUAGCUACUGCUUGUCCAAAGGCAACUGAGGAAGGUCGGGUUGUUGGUGCCCAUUUCUUUUCUCCAGCGCAUAUAAUGCAGUUGUUGGAAAUUGUUCGUAUCAAUCGAACAUCUGCUAGAGUUAUUCAAGACUUGGUAACGUUGGGUAAGAAAAUGGGAAAGACUCCUAUCGUAGUUGGCAAUUGUGUUGGGUUUGCUGUCAAUCGAAUGUAUUUCCCGCAGUCGAACGUUUCUGAUAUUCUCGUUACAUAUCUUGGUUUAUGUCCCUAUAGAAUUGAUCAAGUUGCAGAAGAGUUUGGUUUACCGAUGGGACCAUUCAAGUUGAGAGAUUUGGUUGGCUUUGAUGUCAGUGUUGCAGUUGGAGGAGUAGCUGAGGUUGCAUAUGCGGACAGAGUAUUCCGUUCAUCAUUACUGAAAAGUAUGAUUGAGAAAGGUCGCAAAGGACAAAAGUCUGGAGCAGGUUUUUAUCGUUAUUCUAGUCAGUCGAGACAACCUCAAAAGGACGAAGAGUCUGUGAAGUCCUUUAUUGAAGCUGCCUCAAAAGAAGUGAGACAAACUGCUUCCAAAUUGGAUAUCCGAGCUCCCGAACAGAGUUUUAUUCAAAAUAUUAAAGACAACGAUAUUAUUGACAUGUUGAUUCUCCCUGUAGUUAACGAAGGAAUGAGAGUUUUAGAAGAAGGUAUUUCACAACGAGCCAGUGAUCUGGAUAUUGCUAGUGUUCUUGGAAUGGGCUUUCCUGCAUAUAAGGGCGGAAUCAUGUUUUGGGCUCAAUCCCAGUUUGGUCAUUCAGGAGCCAUUUUGAAGAGACUUGAUUAUCUUUAUCGUGCUACAGGAAACUGUCCUAUGUUUGCUCCAUCAUUUGCACUGGUUCGAGCUGCAAUGUUAAAUGCACCGUUGGAACGUCCUCCAAGGCCUCCUCGAUAUAUGGGAGGCGAUGAUGAUGUGGUAAUUGUUUCAGGUUUCCGAACGGCUGUAGGGAAGGCAUACAGAGGUGGGUUUAAGGAUACUCCAAUGGAAGACCUUAUUCGUCCCAUAAUGCAGCGUUUAUUGGAAGACACCAAGAUCAAUCCAAAGGAUAUUCAAGAUGUUGUGAUGGGAAUGGUUUUACCUAGAGGUGACCAUGGCGAAGUACAACUUCGAAGUGCAAACUUUCUUGCUGGAAUUCCUGAAUCAACACCUUGCAAAACAGUAAAUCGACUUUGUUCUUCAGGUUUGCAAGCCAUUGCAGAUGCUGCAGCUGCUAUCACAAGGGGUGAUUAUGAUAUUGCCAUUGCUGGAGGAGUGGAAAGCAUGAGUACUCAUGCUUUUCAUGAUAAUUCUUUAAAGAAACAUCCAGAAGUUUUACGUGUAGGUGGUAAUGCGGCGGACUGUUAUCUAUCAAUGGGCGAAACAUCAGAGAAUGUAGCCGCUAGAUAUGGCAUUUCGAGAGAGCGACAAGAUCGACUAGCUGUUGUAAGCCAUGCAAGAGCUGCAGCAGCAAUGUUAUCUGGGAAGCAACGCGGUGAAAUAGUUCCCAUCAAAACCAAAGUAAAGAUGCCUGAGAAUCCAAAGGAUAAAGCUUCGAAGAUGGUUGAAAGAGAAGUUGUAGUGGACAAGGACGAAGGUAUUCGUUUGGGAGUUACUAUGUCCUCAUUAGCAAAGUUGAAACCCGUAUUCAGAAAAGAAGGCUCCACAACUCCAGGCAAUGCUUCACAAAUUAGUGAUGGAGCAGCAGCUGUCUUACUCAUGAAACGUUCGGAAGCACAGAAACGAGGACUUGGUUGUCUUGGUACCCUUCGAGCUUUUGCAGUUGUUGGAGUGGAACCAAGUGUUAUGGGAAUUGGUCCUGCUGUUGCCAUUCCAGCCUUGUUGAAGAAGACCGGUUUGGCAGUAAAUGACAUUGAUUUGUAUGAAAUUAAUGAAGCUUUUGGUUCCCAAGCGGAAUACAGUAUAGCUGUAUUGGGAAUCAAUCGGGAUAUAGUGAAUGUAAAUGGUGGUGCCAUUGCUAUUGGUCAUCCUUUAGGAAUGACAGGUGCCCGUCAAACUGUUUCUUUGUUGAAUGAACUUCAUCGUAGAGGUGGACGUUAUGGCGUGGUUUCCAUGUGUAUCGGCUCAGGGAUGGGCGCUGCUGCUCUUUAUGAAGUCACUACAUUCGAUAGAGCAUCAAGAAUGUAGGCUUUUCAACUUGUUGAUGUGCUUUUCAAUAAUAAAAAAAAUGAGGUGUGUGUAAUUUCA